AUGUUAUAUCUAAUAACGGCGCGCGUCGACUGUGAGCGUGGAUCCAAGGGAAAGGCUACUCGAGCUCGCGACCUUUUCGCAUAUUUGCCCGCCGGCCACAUAUACGGAGCGCGGUUGCAAGUCUGGCAAGAUAUCGAAAGCGUGCUCCUUGACGACAUCAGCGGUGCGAGGCACGCAGCAUCGGGCGUCAAGCCAGAGCCAGAGACACAAGUCAAUCGUGAUGUCGGCUACGAUUACAAGGCCACCGAAACCAGCAGGAACCAAGCGCCGUCCGUCGUACCAGCCAACAGUGCCAUCCUGGUCGCCGCACUGAUGGCUCCCGUUCCGAACCGACCGCCGUCGCUUCAACGGCAAACACCGACCGUCGCGCCGCCUACGCAGCCGUCACUGCCACCGCAAGACCCACCGCAGACCAGGCAAGACUCAUCGCCCGAAGGCCAGAGCGCCCACCCACUGAACACCGCAACGCCGUCAACGGGCUUCGUCACGCUAGACUUCGACUUCAUGCUAAACUCUGACGAUGCCGCUCUGUACCCCGAAGUAAAUUCGUACGACACCGAGAACGAGCUCAAGCCUCAGCAUGAGCAGCAACCCCACGAGCAGCAACAGAGGCAUGAACAGCCCGAGCAGCAACAACAACAACCAUUCGCCAGCAGUGUGGUUUCGACAAACAACGCAGCCUCUUCCAUGGACCACCUGACGUACCAGCAGUCCACUGCUCAGACGAUGAAGGCGGAAGCCGCUGGAAAUCCUUUCGACAUGACGUCCAUGCUGUCGGGCUCCCAGUACACAGCCCUCUGGGCCAACUACCAAAGUGCGAACCCACUCCAAGCGCCACCGUCAAGCCAGAUGUCGCCACCGGCGUCACCGGACCACUCCCAGCUGGGACAGCCGCAGCUGGCUCACGUGGACGGCGGCAACCAGUACCAGACUACGCUGCCCUCGAUGCACUCUAUUCCGAUGAAGGCCGAUGACAUUCUCAGCCAGUGCCUCCAGCAGCCACCCCAGCAGCACCACGGCAAGCAGCAGACGCCCCCGCACUUACGCAUGGUGACCCCACCUUCCUCUCCGAGAUUAGCGGACCUCCUGAGCGCCGGCACCACGAUGGCACCACCGAAUCACUUCCCGGCGACGCCGCUCACGCCCGACAUUCACAUGACCGAUCCAUACUGCCGGUCCUCCCCGCUCGGUGGGACCACCGGCAAGAAGUCCCACCAGCCACAUCAGCAGCAGCAACAGCAGCAGUCUCGAACAGCGGUGAGUCGAAAGAAGGUGACCAUCCACACUUGCUCGCAUCCCGGCUGCAGCAAGAGCUACACCAAGAGCUCGCACCUCAAGGCCCACUUGCGGACACACACGGGCGAGAAGCCGUACCAGUGCAACUGGAAGGAGUGCGGCUGGAAGUUCGCCCGCUCCGACGAACUCACCAGGCACUACCGCAAGCACACUGGCGACAGGCCGUUCCAGUGCCGGCUCUGCGAACGGGCCUUCUCGCGAUCCGACCACCUGUCGCUGCACAUGAAGCGGCACACGUCGCUGUGAGCCCAUAAUCGGCAACCACCCCGCUGAGUUUGUCACCAAGGCGAACAAACCCACUCCUCGUUGUUAAGUUUUUUUUCUCCGAAACACUCGGAUUGUGCGACUUCUGUAUGUUCCCCCAACGACUUGAGCAGUUCCCGACUGCGUUCCCUUAUCGUGCUCUUACUCAACUUGUACUCCCCCGUGCUGAUCAAGCUCCCUUCGCGGCGACCGCACCGUGGACUAGCGUGUGGUGGCUUCCCCUUGUUUUACCUGAUGCACCCAAGUGCAAGAGUUUGCGAUGACCCCUCGACCGAGGCUGCGGACACUUCUGCGGUGCCAGCUCGCCACUGCGCGUGCGCCGUAGCACGUGAACUGUGCUGCUCGCGCGUGCGUUGGUCACGCGACAGUGAUUGAUCUUGACUCGCACGAAGCGCCUUUGGUGGGAGGCACUUCGCACCAUCCAUAUUCAGAAAGAGUGUUGUGUAUUCUCUCGCUGUCCUUAGCGAAGGACGGCCAUUUCGUCCACAUGUUUUUUUUUUCUUCUUCUCUGUUCGUGAUCUGCGCUGGCCCCUUGUAGGAGAGCCAAUGUUGUUCAGUGUGCAAUAGUGUCCGGUUUAUUCUCGUCUUAGAAAUGUGUGCGUGUUGAAGCCAGUUGUCAAGAGCUGUUGUUCUAUUUGCUAAUUUUUAGAGACGUUACGCUGUAUAACGGGACCAAUGGUAGAAUACGUAGUACAUUAUGUCAAGCGCUUUACUGCUCGACGAAUGGAAUGAAGGAAAGAAAAACAAAGAAAACAACUCGCCUCAGACCUGGUUGCCUCCCCUAUACACUGACCGAGAAGUGUCUGUAGCAUGAAGGGGGUAACCUUGUUUGACGCAGUAGUGCAGAAUGUGCAAAACUGGGGACCAACGUAUUACGGAUAUAGCGUAGCGCGAACAUUUACAGUAACUACAUGUUUGAACGACCAAGCUUGGCUUAUUAAUGCAUGCGCUUCGAUGUGCCUUAGAGAUUUAAAAAAGUAGACAAACCCACCUGCUUGCAGGUACGUUAGAACGUUGCAUGCAUACUAAAAUGUUUAUAGGCUGCAUUGUGGUGUGCUUCGUGUAAACAUGCUCGUGACGUAUAGCAGUACGCUUUAAGCUUGUCUAAGUAUGCAGUCUUGGUGCAUAAGUGAUCGUCACAUAGCUUGAGCUUCCUGUGAGCAAAACGUGCCUGGUAACAGAAAUUGCCUUCAGUGUUUGUCUUCGUUGUUGGUGCAGUACAUACAUCGGCACGGUAUAUCAGUCCACGGUAUA